AUGAGCAAGAUGGCACAUGCUACGCGUUCCAGUACCCGAAUUCUGCGCCGAAUCGCCCCGGUCGCCAGCGCCUUGACGAUCGGCGGUGCCAUUGUCUACUACAGCUAUCGGCCUCGCGACAUCCCCGGAUUUGAAGCGGCCGCCGUACCACCGCCUAUCUACGGCGCUGACGGCACAUUCAAGCUUCCACGCUUUCCCAAAACCAAGUCACGUUAUGAGCAUAUUGCGGCUUUGAAACAGAGCGCCAUGGUGCCGGGUGAGGAAUAUGAUAUCUUGAUCGUUGGUGGUGGCGCUACCGGCACCGGGGUUGCUCUUGAUGCGGCAACUCGGGGGUUGAAAGUUGCCAUGGUUGAAAGAGACGAUUUCUCGUCGGGCACCUCCUCAAAGAGUACCAAGCUUGUCCACGGCGGUGUGCGGUACCUUGAGAAAGCCGUUUGGAAUCUUGACUAUGCCCAGUAUCAACUAGUCAAGGAAGCGCUCAAGGAGCGUAAGUACUUCUUGCAGACAGCACCCCACCUAAGCAUGUGGCUUCCUAUUAUGUUGCCCAUUGACCGGUGGUGGAAGGCACCUUACUACUGGGCCGGCACAAAAGCGUACGACUUCCUAGCAGGAAGCGAGGGCAUAGAGUCCUCUUACUUCCUGACCCGAUCCAAAGCUCUGGAGGCUUUCCCAAUGUUGAAACGCACAGAUCUUGUUGGUGCCCUUGUUUACUAUGACGGCGCUCACAAUGAUUCUCGUAUGAACGUAUCUAUUGGCAUGACAGCUGCCCUUUACGGUGCCACAGUGGUUAAUCAUAUGGAGGUCACUAGCCUCCAAAAAGAUGCCAACGGCAAGCUGUGCGGUGCUACAGUGAGGGAUCUUGUUGCCAGCAAAGAUGGUCAGAAACCUGAAGAUGUUCCUGUAAAAGCAAAGUGUAUCAUCAACUGCACUGGGCCUUUCACUGACUCUAUUCGAAAAAUGGAUGAACCCAACUGCAAGGCCAUUGUUAGCCCCGCUUCUGGUGUUCAUGUCAUUCUACCCGGAUACUACAGCCCCUCGAAUAUGGGACUCAUUGACCCUUCCACCUCUGAUGGCCGUGUCAUAUUUUUUCUGCCGUGGCAGGGUAACACAAUUGCUGGCACCACCGACGAGCCCUCAUCUAUCUCACAGAACCCGCUGCCAGAUGAAAAAUCCAUCGAGUGGAUUCUCAAAGAGAUCAGCCAUUAUCUUUCCCCUGAUAUCAAAGUCAGACGAGGCGAUGUUCUCGCGGCAUGGUCAGGGAUUAGACCUUUGGUUAAGGACCCUAAGGCCAAGAACACAGAAUCCCUUGUUCGCAAUCACCUUGUCCAUAUCUCCGAAUCGGGCUUGCUGACAUGCGCCGGAGGGAAAUGGACAACUUACCGACAAAUGGCGGAGGAAUGUGUUGACGCGGCCAUCGGUGAGUUCAAUCUGCAGCCAAAGCCUGUCGUCAAUGCCCCUCGCAUCAGCGGCACAGAACUCAUUGACGAUGGUGCCAUUCUUGACGGCACCUGCAAAUCCCACGAGGUCCGGUUGAUUGGGGCCCACGGCUUCAGCAAGACGUUGUUCAUCAAUAUCAUCCAGCAUUUCGGCAUCGAAACUGAGGUUGCAAAGCACCUUACCGAAAGCUAUGGUGACCGCGCCUGGUCUGUCGCUGCAUUGUGCCGACCCACCGAUAAGCGAUUUCCCGCCCGUGGCAAGCGCAUCUCUCAAUUAUAUCCGUUUGUGGAUGGGGAAGUUAGGUACGCGGUUAGACAUGAGUAUGCCCAGACAGCAGUGGAUGUUCUUGCCAGGCGUACGCGGCUUGCGUUCCUGAACGCCCAGGCGUCGCUUGAAGCCUUGCCAGAAAUCAUCGAUAUCAUGGCUGAGGAGCUGAAAUGGGACAGGCGCCGCCAAGAUCUGGAAUGGCGAGAGACGGUCGCCUUCCUCGAGUCGAUGGGAUUGCCCAAGCCAAUGCUCUCAGCUACUAGGAAACAGGUCGAACAGGGUAAGAUUGACCUUGCGAGCUCAUUGGAGUACAAAAUGUACUCGCGCCAUGACGGAACUGUUGAUGAAUAG